AUGCAAGUGAAGAAAAGUGGUAAAAAUGAUAUACCAUCUUCAUCUUCUCUAGGUUAUGGUUCUUAUGAAGAUGAACCAGAAUCAUUCAUGGCUGCUCCAUAUUCAGAAUCCAUGAAUUCUGCUCAAGAAGUGAGUCUGUACAAUGAGAAUGGCUCGGGAAAGAACUUCGUUUUGCAUGGAGUUAUAAAGAAUUCAGCAAUUGAAAGGUGUCGUGAGCCCAUCAAUGGUAAAUCUGAGAUUUGGAGUGUGAGUAAGAAGAAAACACGAGUGCAAGGAGAGAAACAUUACAGAGGAUUAAGGAGAAGGCCAUGGGGGAAAUAUGCAGCUGAAAUCAGAGAUCCAAGAAGAGGAGGAAUGGGGAUGUGGGUUGGAACAUUUGACAGUGCAGAGGACGCAGCCAUGGCUUAUGACAGGGCUGCCCUCAGCAUUAGAGGACCCAGAGCCAUUCUCAACUUUCCCAUAUUCACUUCCUGUUUCAGUGAAGAGAACGAAUCUAUUAAUGGGGGAUGUCAUAUUACAGAAGAAGAAAAAGAAGAAAGUACAUGUGCAAACAAUGAGAGAAAUGUGAUAGAAUUGGAGGAUAUGGGUGUAGAUUAUUUGGAAGAGCUGAUUCUCACUAGUGAGAGAAUAACUGUUUCCUGUGAAGAGAACGAAUCUAUUAAUGGGGGAUGUCAUAUUACAGAAGAAGAAAAAGAAGAAAGUACAUGUGCAAACAAUGAGAGAAAUGUGAUAGAAUUGGAGGAUAUGGGUGUAGAUUAUUUGGAAGAGCUGAUUCUCACUAGUGAGAGAAUAACUGUUUCCUGGUUUUCUGGUUCUUUACAAGAGCGGCUAAUUUCUUAG